AGGGGCGCGCGGGUGUGUGUGUGGAACGGACGGAGGGAAAAGAAGAGGCCCAGGGAUUCCGAAGGUAGCGGUGAGAUCAUGAAUUAUUCACAAGCGGCCGUGGACUUGAAAGAAGGCGCCAGGCGAAGCACGCCCCCCUCAUUUGCAUAUCCGGCGAGCACGCCCCCCCCUUUCCUCGCGGAGGUAUCCAGGAAGGAGAGGCUCGAGCUGCCGCGCGAGGAGGAGUUCGGGGUGCGCCCCGGUUGCCUUGCACGGAUUUUGGAGCCAAGUGCUGAAAGAGAAAAAUGAGAAGAUUUUUGAGAUCUGGACAUGACCCAAUAAGAGAGAGGCUCAAGCGUGACCUUUUCCAAUUCAACAAGACUGUUGAGCAUGGCUUUCCUCACCAACCCAGUGCACUGGGCUACAGCUCGUUCCUGCAUCUUAUGGCUAUUGGGACCCGGUCAGGAGCCAUCAAACUCUAUGGAGCUCCAGGGGUGGAGUUCAUGGGCUUGCAUGAAGAGACCAACACUGUUAUGCAAAUACAUUUCAUUCCUGGCCAGAGUCGCUUAGUGACACUGCUGGAUGACAACAGCUUGCAUUUAUGGACCCUGAAACAGUCCAACAGCAACAUAUCUGAGCUGCAAGAGGAAAGACACUUCACACUCCGAGGGCCUCCUGGUUCCCCUCCAAGUGCCACCCAGAUCACAGCCAUCCUCGCCCAUUCCUCGCAGGAACUUCUGUACCUGGGCACUGAGAGUGGCAGCAUCUUUGUCAUGGAGCUCCCAUCCUUCCGAGUGCUAGAAGACCGGACCAUCAGUCCAGAGGUUGUGCUGCAAAGGGUGCCUGAGGAUUAUCGAAACAGGCGAUCCCUCGAAUUGGUGGAAGCCUUGCGGGAGCACCCCCGGAAUCCCAACCAAAUCUUAAUUGGAUACAGCAGGGGCCUCAUUGUUCUCUGGGACUUGAUAAAUAACAAAGCGACACACCAUUUCCUUGGCAAUCAGCAGCUAGAAAACCUUUUCUGGCAGAGGAAUGGCCGUCAAAUCAUCAGCUGCCAUAAUGAUGGAAGUUACUCCCAGUGGACUGUUUCGAGUGACGAUAGACAGCCAGAGCCCCUGGAAAGCAAAGUGCCUUAUGGUCCUUUCCCUUGCAAAGCUAUCUCCAAAAUCUACUGGCAUACAACAAAGAAUGGGCUUCCUUACAUUAUAUUUCAAGGAGGGAUGCCACGGGCAAGUUAUGGUGAUCGACAUAGCAUUUCAGUCAUUUAUGGUAAUCAACAGACUGCCUUUGACUUCACAUCACGGGUAAUCGACUUCUUUGUCAUUGUCAAUGAAGAUCCAUUUGCCGAGUUUGAUGAUCCAUCCGCAAUGGUGGUGUUAGCAGAGGAAGAGCUGGUAGUAAUUGACUUGGUGUCUCCAGGCUGGCCCUCCAUACAGCCUCCUUAUCUUGCAUCUCUCCACUGCUCAGCCAUCACAUGUUCCCAUCAUGUCUCCAACAUCCCUCUGAAACUCUGGGAAAGAAUAAUCAGUGCCGGUAGCAAACAGAACUCUCAGUUCUCUAAAAUGCCAUGGCCGAUCAAUGGAGGCAUCAACAGUGCUCCAGAUCCUCCUCAGCGGGACUUGCUACUUACAGGACAUGAGGAUGGUACGGUGCGAUUCUGGAAUGCUUCUGGCAUUUGUCUGAACCUCAUGUACAAACUCAGCACGGUGAAGGUGUUCCUUACAGAUGCAGAUCCCAAUGACAAUAUGAACCAGAUGGGGGAGGAUGAAUGGCCACCUCUGCGCAAGGUUGGUUCUUUUGACCCUUACAGCGAUGACCCCAGGCUUGGGAUUCAGAAGAUCUUCCUGUGCAAAUAUAGUGGCUACUUAGCUGUAGCAGGAACAGCAGGACAGGUACUUGUCAUGGAACUCAAUGACGAAGAAGCUGAUCAGGUGAUUGACCAUACAGAAGCCGAUCUUCUCCAGGACCAGGAAGGCUAUAAGUGGAAGGGCCAUGAAAGGCUGAAAACUAGAGAUGGGCCCGUUAGGUUUGAGCCUGGCUUCCAGCCGUUUAUCUUGGUCCAGUGUCAGCCUCCAGCGGUCGUCACAUCCCUGGCCCUUCACUCAGAGUGGAAACUGGUGGCCUUUGGUACAAGCCAUGGCUUUGGUCUCUUUGACCACCAGCAGAAGAGAUUGGUCUUGGUCAAGUGUACUCUACAUCCCAGUGACCAGCUGGCCUUGGAAGGCCCUCUUUCCAGGGUGAAAUCUUUAAAGAAGUCCCUGCGUCAGUCCUUCCGGCGGAUACGAAGAAGCAGGGUAUCCAACAGAAAGCGGCGAACCGCUGAGAUACAAGAGAGACCUUCCAGAAAUGAUCACGAUGCAUUACAGGAGAUAGAACUGGCUCCUGUCCAGCGGAAAAUUGAAGCACGGUCGGCUGAAGACUCAUUCACCGGUUUUGUGCGCAUCUUGUACUUUGCUGACACCUUCUUAAGAGAUAGUACGCGACACAGUCCUUCCUUGUGGGCAGGCACAAAUGGGGGCACAGUAUAUGCCUUUUGCCUGCGUGUUCCUCCAGCUGAGAGAAGAAUGGAUGAGCCUGUCAGAGCAGAACAAGCCAAAGAGAUCCAGCUGAUGCAUAGAGCUCCUGUCGUUGGGAUUGUAGUUCUGGAUGGCCAGAGCGUUCCUCUUCCAGAGCCACUGGAAGUAGCCCAUGACCUUUCCAAGAGCCCCAACAUGCAAGGAAGCCAUCAGCUACUGGUGGUCUCUGAAGAACAAUUCAAGGUUUUCACCUUGCCCAAAGUCAGCUCCAAGCUGAAGCUCAAACUGACAGCGCUGGAAGGCUGCCGAGUGAGGAAGGUGUCCGUUGCCAGCUUUGCCAGCUGUAAAACGGACUACAUGGAGAACAACCUGACUGUUCUGACAAACCUGGGAGACAUUCAGAUCAUCUCCCUGCCUUCGCUCAAAGGCCAAGUGCGCUAUCCCUGUAUCCGCAAGGAGGACGUCAGCGGCAUUGCUUCCUGUGUGUUCACAAGAUAUGGGCAAGGAUUCUACCUCAUCUCCCCGUCAGAAUUUGAGAGAUUUUCCCUUUCCCCAAAGUGGAUAGUUGAGCCACGAUGUCUAGUGCGGGUACCUGAAAACACAGCCAACAGUCACCUUCACAACACGUCAGGCAUGGAGAAAGCCCAGAGGAAAUCCAACAGCAGGGAAUCCAGUUGGAAUUCCGGUGAUCCGGAUGGAGAUGGAAGGACACCUGGCCGGCUGAUGGAGCACGCCCUCCUCAAUGAUGAGAAUGUUCUGAAAGAAAUCCAAAGCACCCUGGAGAGUGGAAGAGGGAGUUAUGCUGACAGAAAUUCACGAAAAAUCACAGUAGGACACAGGUUAAGUAAUGGAGGAGCAGAAUGAUUGUGCUCCGGCCAUAUCACUGUGAUCUCCGGCAUUUAGAACGAGUGCCCUAACACUACUGACUCUAAGUCCUCCAUCUAUGGGGAGAAGCACCUGUUGACCUCGGAUUCAAUUGUAGGGGCCAGGUUCUUGCUUGGCUAUUCGGCUCCUGGCCCUCUUCUUCACUGUGCCUCACCCAAAGCCUUCGCCUCCUCUUCUUGAAUGGUUAGCCUUGUCCAGAAGCUGAAACCGUUCCUUUGGCCUGUUUCCCUUCGUGCCUUUGGAUGGGGUGGUCGGCAAGGGGGGGCACAAUUCUUUAUACAUUUGCACAAAUUCUUUCCUUGUUUUAAACAAAGGUUUCUACUGGAGUGGAUUUAAAUUAUAAAUAUUACUGCCUUGGGAGCAGAUUUUUUUUUUUUAAAAUAAGUACUGUUACUGCUGAUUAACAUUAUUUUUUUGUACAUUUUUAAAAAUCAUGGGUGUUUAGAGGCAUAUUUUAGAAACAUUUUUAUAUUAAAAUAAUCUUGGAUGAUAUAAUAUAUGUACCUUUUAGAUCCCUGUGGCUGCUGAAUCUUUUUUUGUUUAUGAGGAAAAAUCCAUUUUCUGGGGGAGGGUUGUCUUUUUACAGUACUGUUAUAGGUGGUUCGACAGACUUGGAUAGAAUCUUUUGUAGCUGUUCAAAUCAGGGGAAAUUAAUCAAAUUGAACUUGGUGUGUGGACGCUACAUUGCUAUGUCUUGAAAUAAAUCAGUACCUUUAUGGA